AUCCGAUUUGACUUGACCAUCGAGGAUUUGACAUGUUUCAUAUUUUAGUGUAAAUCAUCGAUAUAUAUGUGUAAAUUGCUUUUUAGGUAGGUACGUCGCAUUUAAAAUAUUAUAACCAGGUAUAAUGGAAGCUACACAGAAAAUGGAGAAAGUCAUGUCCAAUUACGAUGUGUCGUUACUGGUUGGCCUGAUAGAGAGAAACCCUAUAAUUAGAAGCAAAGAAACUAACGCCACCACGAACCGAACUAAAGACGAUGCUUGGACAUCUCUGGCGCACGAAUUCAAUGCCAGAUCUAAGUCAGUUACUUUGACCAAAGAACAGUUGCAAUUAAAAUGGGACGAUUUAAAAAAAUGGGCCGGUAAAAGACCGCCUCGAAUACAGUUGAAUAAUUUAAAGACUGCUGGUGGUGGUGGUAAACCAGGCUUCAAUACGUCUAAUGAGCUCUUGGAUAACGUGACCGGUCCAUUGCGGCCUUCACGCACAAGAUUUGUUGCCCCAUUCGUGGGUGAAGGUAGCGCCGAUGGACAGCUUAUUGUGGGUGAUUUGGGUGAAACUGGUAAUGGCUUAGAAGACAACAUUACCCCGGAAGAGACCUCCUGUCAUAUUGCAAAAGACCAUCAAGUAACUGAAUCACCAAUCAAAGGUGCAAAGCUAGCACGUGAGGCUGUGGCAGAUUCUAUUAUAACCCGUAACUUGGCAGAAGCAAGUUAUUACGAUAGAAAAAAGGAAAAGAUCAAUUUAGAAAUAAAACUUCUCGAAUUACGACUGUCCCAAGGAGAAUAAACUGAAGAUAUUGAUAUAAAGCUUGUUUAAUAGGUAGGUACUUACAUUAGCUAGUAGAUAGACAUGCGAAUGUAUUACUUUUACAUUUUUGUAGAGCGUUACAUUAAGUUAUUAGGCUAGCAAUAAACCAAUAAAAUUACUUGUUUAUUAUAUAA